AUGAUAAGACUUAAAAAAGUUGACAAAAAUAUCAGAUUUACCCGUGUGACUUGUGCUGUUGUUGCUCUUUCUUUGGCAAGUGUUGUUGGUCUUACAUUUUUGGUACUUUCUUGUGCUUUGCCAACUUUCAAGUUUACUUAUUUUUGUUUAUAUCCAAGUACAUAUUUAAUUUUUAGGGGUAAUUGGUGGCCAAUUUUUGUUUUGGUGUUUUAUAUACUUUCCCCUUUGCCAUUUUCUUUGGCCAAACAUUUUCGUUAUGAUGUGGGACCGACUUCUCCAACUAUUGAGCUUGCAGUAUUUGGGACGACUGGUAUUGUGCUAUCAGCGUUUGCAUUGCCUUUUGUUUUGGCACAUGUUGGAGUGAUUAAAUGGACUGCUUUUAUGCUCUCCAGCAUUGGCUCUGUUAGCAUUUUCUCUACCAUCUUUGCUUAUUUUUUAAUGCAAAAUGUUGAAGAAAAUGGUGGUUGGGGAACUUCCAUGAUCUGAAAAUGAGACUAUGAUAUUGCGACUGGGGCAUGUUUCCUCGUCUAUGUAGCAAAUUUAUGUAUAUUUUUAACAAUUUUUGGCAUCCAUAAAUACUUCAAUUUACUCGAGGGUUCCUCUGCUAUCUUUUAAAGAAUAAUUAAAACGAACAAUUUGACUAUAAUUAUUUAAAGUUAAAAAUCUUGACACCUACACUUGGGACAUUUUUAAGUAUUUACUGGUUAUACGUCCAUUUUUUAGGUCCUUCCCUUUGUUAUAUCCGCUGACAUUAAUGAAAUAUCAAAAAAUAAUCAUUUUUACGGAGUCCUUAAUUAAA